AUGUUGAAGAAGUACGCUACAGAUGUUUUGGCGAUUUUUGAAACCCACGCGGGAGGAGAUCGAGCGAGUAAGAUCUGUCGGGGUUUGGGGUUCGAAAAUUCUUACAAAGUUGAUGCGACUGGGCAGAGUGGAGGUUUGUGGCUUUUGUGGAGAACGAGCAUCGGGGACGUGGUUGUUGUGGAGGCUUCCGACCAAUUUAUUCAUGCUCGUAUCGCUAAUGGGGAUGAGAUAGUGCAUGUAAUUGCUGUAUACGCAUCUCCUACGGUGAGCAGGAGGAGCGGCUUAUGGGAUGAGUUACGAAGGGUGAUUGGGGGUUUGGACGGUCCGGUCUUGGUGGGCGGUGAUUUUAAUACAAUUGUGAGAGUGGAUGAGCGUUCUGGUGGCAAUGGUUGUCUGUCGCCGGACUCGCUGGCUUUUGGCGAAUGGAUCAAUGAUUUUUCUUUAAUCGAUAUGGGGUUUCGAGGGAACCAGUUCACUUCGAGACGAGGAAAGGUAGUGCGUCACUUUGUGGCGAAGAGGUUAGAUCGUGUUUUCUACUGUGCACACGCACGAUUGAAAUGGCAGGAGGCCGUGGUCACACACCUUCCAUUUCUCUCGUCAGACCAUGCACCACUUUAUAUUCAGCUUUCUCCGGAGAUUGCUGGUGACCCGAGAAGGAGACCCUUCCGGUUUGAAGCGGCAUGGCUCAAACACGACGGCUUCCAGGACCUUAUGAAAGCCUCAUGGAAAGGAGAUUUGAACACGAAUGUGGCUUUGCGCCCGUCAGACACGCUACUGGUUCGGGAAGAGGAUCUGAUAAAGGCACUUGAUGUUGUGCUUGAGCAAGAGGAGAUGAUAUGGUUUCAGAAGUCGCGGGAAAAAUGGAUACCACUUGGAGAUCGAAACACUCGGUUCUUCCACACAUCCACAGUGAUUAGGCGACAGAGAAACCGCAUAGAGAUGCUGAAGAGGAGUGAUGGUAGCUGGAUUACAGAUAGUGCAGAGAUGGAGUUACUCGCAAGGGAGUUCUCGGCCUUUGAGAUUGAAGCGGCUGUGCGUGGUAUGGGGAAAUAUAAAACCCCAGGACCGGAUGGCUAUCAACCGGUGUUUUACCAGAGUUGUUGGGACACGGUGGGGACUUCAGUGGUCCGUUUUGUGCUGGAUUUCUUUGCCACAGGCGUCCUCCCGCCGGAAACGAACGAUGUGCUUCUGGUCCUGAUUCCGAAGGUGAACAAACCUGUAAGCAUUACGCAAUUCCGUCCUAUCAGCCUAUGUAAUGUCUUGUUCAAGACUAUUACCAAGGUAAUGGUGGAAAGGUUAAAGUUGGUGAUAUCUAAAUUGAUCGGACCGGCGCAAGCAAGCUUUAUUUUUGGGAGAUUGAGUACUGAUAACAUAGUUCUGGUUCAAGAGGCGGUGCACUCGAUGAGACGCAAGGAAGGGCGGAAAGGAUGGAUGUUACUGAAGCUAGAUCUUGAGAAGGCCUAUGACAGGAUUCGUUGGGACUUUUUGGAGGACACGCUUACUGCAGUUGGGCUACCUGAGGCUUGGAUAUGCUGGAUUCUGAGGUGCGUAACAGGUCCAGCGAUGAAUUUACUGUGGAACGGUGAGAAGACCGAAGCAUUUACUCCUUCACGAGGUCUCAGGCAAGGAGAUCCGAUCUCCCCAUAUCUCUUUGUCUUGUGCAUGGAGAGACUCUGCCAUCUGAUAGAGCACUCGGUUGAGUUCUGGGGAAUGGAAACUGAUUACCCUCUCACGUGGGGGUCCAAAGUUGUCACACAUCUGUUUUGCCGAUGA